CACCUCCGUUCACCGCUCGCCCGGCUCCAGCCGCCGCCGCACGGAGCGGCGGCAUGGAGGCUCUCACCACUCAGCUGGGGCCGGGGCGCGAGGGCAACUCCUCGCCCAACUCCAAGCAGCAGGAGCUGCAGCCCUACUCGGGCUCCAGCGCUCUCAAACCCAACCAGGUGGGCGAGACGUCGCUGUACGGGGUGCCUAUCGUGUCUCUGGUCAUCGACGGCCAGGAGCGCCUAUGCCUGGCGCAGAUCUCCAACACCCUCCUCAAGAACUACAGCUACAAUGAGAUCCACAACCGCCGCGUGGCCCUGGGCAUCACGUGCGUGCAGUGCACACCGGUGCAGCUGGAGAUUCUGCGUCGGGCCGGGGCCAUGCCCAUCUCGUCGCGCCGCUGCGGCAUGAUCACCAAGCGCGAGGCCGAACGCCUUUGCAAGUCGUUCCUGGGCGAGCACAAGCCACCCAAGCUGCCCGAGAACUUCGCCUUCGAUGUGGUGCACGAGUGCGCCUGGGGCUCGCGUGGCAGCUUCAUCCCCGCGCGUUACAACAGCUCGCGUGCCAAGUGUAUCAAGUGCGGUUACUGCAGCAUGUACUUCUCGCCUAACAAGUUCAUCUUCCACUCGCACCGAACACCCGACGCCAAGUACACGCAGCCCGACGCAGCCAACUUUAACUCGUGGCGCCGACACCUCAAACUCAGUGACAAGUCGGCCACGGACGAACUGAGCCACGCUUGGGAGGACGUCAAGGCCAUGUUCAAUGGUGGCACUCGAAAGCGGACCUUCUCGCUGCAAGGAGGCGGCGGCGCUAAUGGCGGGUCGGGUGGGCAGGGUAAGGGUGGUGCUGGUGGCGGCGGCGGGGGCGGCCCGGGGUGCGGCGCGGAGAUGGCCCCAGGCCCGCCGCCCCACAAAAGCCUGCGCUGUGGCGAAGAAGAGGCCGCCGGGCCUCCCGGGCCGCCUCCUCCUCACGCGCAGCGGGGACUUGGUCUGGCGGCAGGAGCUGGCGGCCCCGCGGGCCCUGGAGGGCCUGGUGGCGGCGCCGGCGUACGCAGCUACCCGGUGAUCCCAGUGCCCAGCAAGGGCUUUGGCCUCUUGCAGAAGCUCCCCCCGCCGCUUUUCCCUCAUCCCUACGGUUUCCCCACGGCCUUCGGCCUCUGCCCCAAAAAGGACGACCCCGUGCUAGGCGCGGGCGAACCCAAGGGCGGCCCAGGCACCGGCAGCGGCGGGGGCGCGGGCACUGGCGCAGGCGCGGGCGGCCCAGGAACCGGCCACUUGCCCCCCGGGGCGGGGGCUGGCCCGGGCGGCGGCGCCAUGUUCUGGGGUCACCAGCCCCCCGGAGCAGCCAAGGACGCAGCGGCCGUGGCUGCGGCGGCUGCCGCAGCCACCGUGUACCCGACGUUUCCCAUGUUCUGGCCGGCGGCAGGCAGCCUCCCAGUGCCGCCCUAUCCAGCCGCGCAAAGCCAAGCCAAAGCCGUGGCGGCAGCUGUAGCGGCGGCAGCGGCGGCGGCGGCGGCUGCUGCCGGUGGCGGCGGCCCCGAGCCCCUGGACGGUGCCGAGCCGACCAAGGAGGGCGGCCUGGUCGCAGAGGAGCGCUGCCCCAGCGCGCUGUCCCGCGGGCCGCUGGACGAGGAGGGCGCGGACGAGGCGCUGCCGCCGCCGCUGGCCCCGCUGCCCCCGCCGCCCCCGCCGCCCGCACGCAAAGGCUCCUACGUGUCGGCCUUCCGGCCUGUGGUCAAGGACGCCGAGAGCAUCGCCAAGCUCUACGGUAGCGCCCGCGACGCGUACGGCGGCGGGCCAGCCCGUGGGCCCGGGCCAGGCACAGGGUCAGGCGGCGGCUACGUGAGCCCGGACUUUCUCAGCGAGGGCAGCUCCAGCUACCACUCCGCCUCCCCCGACGUGGACACUGCGGACGAGCCCGAGGUGGACGUGGAGUCCAACCGCUUCCCCGACGACGAGGGAGCCCCGGACGAGGCCGAGCCCGGCGCGCCCGGCGCGCCCAGCACAGGAGACGGCCCUGAUGGCGACCAGCAGGCAGGGCCCCUGUCUACCACCUCAUCGGGCGCCGACGGCCCCACAGACUCUCCCGACGGCGGCAGCCCUCGUCCCCGGCGCCCCCCGGGUCUACCCCAAGCCAGUCGGUCCGCAUUUGGGGACCUGGCGGCCGACGACAUGGUGCGGAGACCGGAGAGGAGCCCGCCAAGCGGCGGCUAUGAGCUGCGAGAGUCUUGCGGACCGCUGGGGGGGCCCGCGCCGGCCAAGGUGUACGCGCCCGAGCGGGAGGAGCACGUGAAGAGCGCGGCGGCGGCGCUGGGGCCCGCGGCCUCCUACCUCUGCACCCCCGAGACCCACGAGCCAGAUAAGGAAGACAAUCACUCGACUGCCGACGAUUUGGAAACAAGGAAAUCCUAUCCAGACCAAAGGAGUAUCUCCCAGCCAAGUCCCGCAAAUACAGACAGAGGCGAAGAUGGGCUCACCCUAGAUGUCACGGGAACUCAACUAGUGGAGAAAGAUAUCGAGAACCUGGCCAGAGACGAAUUGCAAAAACUGCUCCUGGAGCAAAUGGAGCUCCGCAAGAAGCUGGAGCGAGAAUUUCAGAGUCUCAAAGAUAAUUUUCAGGAUCAAAUGAAGAGGGAAUUGGCUUAUCGAGAAGAAAUGGUGCAACAGCUGCAAAUUGUCAGAGAUACUCUGUGUAACGAACUUGACCAAGAGAGGAAGGCGCGCUAUGCCAUCCAGCAGAAAUUAAAAGAAGCCCACGACGCCCUGCACCACUUCUCCUGCAAGAUGCUGACGCCCCGGCACUGCACUGGCAACUGCUCCUUCAAGCCCCCGCUGUUGCCCUAGGGCCGGCCCGGCCGCGCCCACGCGCCCUCAAGCCAUGCUGCUCUCUUCUUGUAAAUACCCGCGGCCGCGGCGGCCUAAGGCGAGAUACAAGCCAUUCGGACUGGACCUAUGUAAAUACAGCCUCCCGCCCGCCCGCUCUCCUCCCGGGCGCCUCGGCCUUGCCCGCCCCCUCCCGGGCGCCCCCGCCCAGGGCCCCGUCUCCGUUUCCAACUGUAAAUACCACCUCGCCCCACGGUUGAACUCCUGGGCAUCGGACCUCAUGGGGUUAACUGGACCGAAGGGGGUAAGAAAGGGGAGGGGGCCUCUCCCUCCUGUACAGCCUCGGAACCCCAAUUGUGAAUACAAUGUAGGAACUUCGCUGGCCCCGCGCUUCCCGUCCCGUCCACUUCUGAAACUCUUGUUCCCAAUGACAAAGUGGCUAUGUGCAAUGGAUAUAAAUGUACUGUGAGUCUCUCGGUUCAGUAUUGGGUUCACUUUAACUUAUUUAUGCUGUAAGUUAUUUGCUUCCUUCUCCUGGACCUACUUCCGGUCCCGUUUUCCAUUCCCUCUUGGGUUUUGCUUUUUGGGUCUAUUUUUUUGUUGUAACCUCUUGAUGUAACAGCACUUUAAAAAGGGCGACAACUGACUCACGAGAGGGAGACCACCUUGAGCCUGAUUGGGGAGACCACCCUGUA